ACACACUCCGUUAGGAGCCCUGCUUCGACGUGCGUGUCAUGGCUUAAAAAUAGAUGCUGAUCCGUCAGCCGGCCUGGCGGCGGCGCGGGAAACGCUCAUGGCGGCGGGGCUGCCCGCACCUGCCACCGGCAGGGACGCCUGAGGCCGCGCGCAGCAGCUGCCUAGAGACGGAGCCGCCCUCAGGGCAGCCAGGGGUCCUGCCGCCCCUAAGAUGUGUCCUGGGAACUGGCUCUGGGCCUCCCUGACUUUCAUGGCCCGCUUCUCCCGGAGCAGCUCCAGGUCUCCUGUUCGCACUAGGAGAGCCCUGGAGGAGAUGCCACCCAUUCAACACCCUUUCCUCAAUGUCUUCGAGUUGGAGAGGCUCCUGUACACGGGCAAGACGGCUUGUAACCAUGCCGAUGAGGUCUGGCCAGGCCUCUACCUCGGAGACCAGGACAUAGCGAACAACCGGCGGGAGCUCCGCCGCCUGGGGAUCACCCACGUCCUCAACGCCUCUCACAGCCGGUGGCGGGGCCCGCCCGACGCCUACGAGGCGCUGGGCAUCCGCUACCUGGGGGUCGAGGCCCACGACUCGCCGGCCUUCGACAUGAGCACCCACUUCCAGGUGGCCGCAGACUUCAUCCACCGGGCGCUGCGCCAGCCAGGAGGGAGGAUCCUGGUGCACUGUGCUGUGGGAGUGAGCCGGUCUGCCACCCUGGUACUGGCCUACCUCAUGUUGUACCACCACCUCACCCUGGUGGAGGCCAUCAAGAAGGUCAAGGACCACCGAGGCAUCAUCCCCAACCGGGGGUUCCUGAGGCAGCUCCUGGCCCUGGACCGCAGGCUGCGGCAGGGUCUGGAGGCGUGAGGGGAGGGCCUGGGAGGUCAGGCCAGGUGCGCGGGGCCCUGGCUCUCCGCUGGGGACGAGGCGCAGGGGGCAGGCAGCAGGGGGCCCAGAUGACACAUCCUGUCCAGUGGGCAGCAGAGCGAGAGGCCUUGGGGGCGAGUUUGGGCAGUGUGGUGGGUGCCCAGGAGGGAGCUGACCAGGGAAGAAAGCCACUAGGCCGUCGACAGAAGCCAGCCCGGGGAUUCAGAAGCCAUUGGUUCCAGCCAGGCGCUCCUAGUGAUUGGCAGCCCCCUUCCCUGCUUUGUGCCCAGUGUCCCCUCUCCCAUUCAUCCAAACAGAAGGGCCAUCUCUGUCCUGCCUGUGUGGGCAGAGCUGAGGGUGACGGGGAGAUGUGUGUCGAGAUGGUGGCGUAGAGACAGACGGUGAACAGAGAGUGUGAAAAGCUGCAAAAUCAGAGAAACCCACAGACUUGUUACUCCAGGCACAGGAGGAGGAGGUGUGGGGGAGUUGGCACUGUGCCCAUGGCUGCCAAUCGUGGCCAGAAACCGCAGAGGUGCCUGCCUGGGGGUCUUCCGAUGAUGGCUCGCUUUCUGGAUCCAGGUGUCUCCAGGAAAAAUAAACAUCAUGAACAAAAA